CGGAAAGGUAAAGUGACAUGUGACAAUGGCGUACAGAUGAUCUAGAUUGCCAGAGCAAACGCAGAUGGCCCUAUUAAGAGCCUUGAAGCGGUCUUAUCACACAGUGUGCGUAUUCUGUCGAUCACUGAGGCCCAGAUUUCGAUAUCAUCCUCGGCCUUCGGAUGGGCAUUCAUCGAGACGUUACAAGCAUCUGGCCCACGUUCUUCUGAGCAGAGUAUUCAACAUGCAAAGCCUCAUUAUUCGAGCUGCAUGGAACUCCCGCAUGGAUCCAGGAUCAAUGCCCCUUCGGCUACGCCCGUUCCAAAGGAAGCGAGUGCAUUAGCCUGCAACCUGCUUGCGAAGCACUCUUUGACCCUCAAGAAGCUCAUCGAUGUCCGCGACCUGUUGAUUGCAGUCGCUAAGAAGGCUGAAUCUAUGAUGAUGAACGCUGAAGCAGACGUUCUCAUCAAAGCCCAAACUAAAAACAACACCUCUGAUCUGGUCACUGAGUACGACGAGAAGAUUGAGCACAUGGUCCGCGACGAGGUUCUUGCCAAGUUCCCCGACUUCAAGUUCUGGGGUGAGGAGACCCACAAGCUCCACAAGGAGGUGAUAACUGAUGCACCAACUUUCGUCGUUGAUCCCAUCGAUGGCACGAUCAAUUUCACCCACGGCAACCCUAACUUCUGCAUCUCCCUGGCUUUUGUGCUCGACAAGGUGCCCGUCGUCGGCGUUGUCUACAACCCAGCUCGCGGCGAUCUCUACUUCGGCAUGGCGGGUCAGGGCUCCUACUACACUAAGCACUUCGACCUCCCUCUACAGUUCCAGAAGACGCAACAACUCCCCAUGCGCCGCGCCCCAAUGCCCCAGAUGCCCAACUGCCUCCUCAUCGUGGAGUGGGGCAACGAGCGCCAGGGGGCGAACUGGGCGUGCCGCACCUCGACACAUAACAAACUCCUCACCAACGCGUCCGAAGGCGGCGCUAUGUGCAAGACGAUUCGCUCCAACGGCUCCGCGGCCCUGGACUUCUGCUACGUGGCGCAGGGCAUCAUGGAUGCGUUCUGGGAGGGCGGCGUCAACUCCUGGGAUGUCGCUGCUGGCUGGUGCAUUCUGAAGGAGGCGGGCGGUAUCGUUGCAUCGUGCAAUCCGGGUGAUUGGGAGCCGAAGCUGCAGGGUCACUGCUACCUUGCCGUGCGCAAUGCUAAAGAGGAGGAGCAGAAGAAGGUCGUUAAGACGAUCUGGGAGAAUAUGCAGGACCAGAAGUUCGUUUACAAGGAUGAGAAGUAAGCGGCCUUGUCGUUCAGAGCCAGGAUGCCUGCCGAGUAGAUGUCCCUUCGUGACUCUCGGCCUAUGCUUAUCUGUCUGGAGAUGGCAGAGAAUCUUGCGUCUUUCCUCAUUUGUUUGCGA